CGCGUGAUGACUCUUAAAUGCCGAUUAAGUCAGGUAUCAUUAUGUAUAUGCCUUGUUGAAAUCCGAUGUGCAAAGGAGAUGUGAUGACAGGCCUCGAAUCUGAUAAUGAUCCGCGCCCUUGAAUCUAGAACUCCCGAAGCCGGGGAUAGGGAGUAUGUAUCUCAUGGUACUCAUACAUUUAUUACAUGGAUUAUGUUUCCGGCAAGCUGGAUCUAACACUGACAGGAACGAAAGUCCAAAGCUACCUACUCUCUACAUGUCGGAGAGCGGGUUAUUAGAAGUAUCUCUAGGUAUGUAUCUUGGAGGUUGUCCAUCGCAAUGUUUAGUAAGGUACCUGUCUAUAUCUUACUGCGAAUCUGUGCGUAGUACUUAGGAUAUCAUCGUAUUGAGAUGCUUGUAAUCUUGAGCUAUCCCCUCAGAUUGGUGCAUAACCGGGUUUCAAGACUUAAUCAAAUGACG